AUGAAGGUGUCAGCAGAUUAUCUGAAGGUUGGCACUCUGUGGUACAGCUGGAGUCCCUCAAAAGAGCCCCGAGAGGCUACUCGUGAAAGUGCAGCACUAUUUCUGCAAGAGACUCCAGCCUUUUGGAGAUGCCAGUACCUUGGGGUGUCCACAAGGAGAGCAGCAGGCCCUGUGCUUCUGCUGACAUUCCUGGUGGUGAUGCACUACUGGUCAAGCUGCUGUCUGGGAUGUGACCUGCCUCAGACUCAUCACCUCAGGAACAAGAGAGCCUCCACACUCCUGGCACAAAUGAGGAGACUCUCCCCUCUCUCCUGCCUGAAGGACAGAAAGGACUUUGCAUUCCCUCUGGAGGAGGUGGAUGCCCAGCAGAUCCAGAAGGCUCAAGUCAUCCAUGUCAUGGGUGAGGUGACCCAGCAGGUCCUGACCCUCUUUACCUCGGAUGAAUCAUCUGAUGCUUGGGAGACAAUCCUCCUAGACACAUUUCGUGAUGAGCUCAAGGAGCAGCUCAAAGACCUGCAAGCCUGUCUGAUGGAGCAUGUGGAUGUGCAGGAACCUUCCCUGAACCAGGAAGACUCCCCGGUGGAUGUGAGUAACUACUUCCACAGGAUCACUGUCUACCUGAAGGAGAAGAAACACAGCCCCUGUGCCUGGGAGGUGGUCAGAGCAGAAGUAAGGAGAGCCCUGUCUUCCUCAGCCAAGCUGCUGGCAGUAUUGAUUGAGGAGAAGGAGUUAAGUCCUGAGCCAUAG